AUGUUUCCCAUCAUUAUUAGUUUCUUUGUUCAUAUUGCAUUUUUAGUAUCUGUAUUUGGUAUUUAUUUCAAAUCGCCAGUAGUUCAUGACAUUAUACCACAGUCCAGUCCUCUAGAAGCUCUUGCACGCAGGCUUGUUUUAAUGGUUGCUGAUGGUUUACAUGCUGAUUCCUUUUUGGGGGCAGAUGAUUUAUUUAAAGCAAAUGCCUUGCACUUCAGGUAUGUAAUUGAGGAGAGGGGAGCAUGGGGUGUCUCUCAUACCAGAGUACCAACAGAAUCACGCCCUGGACAUGUGGCAUUAUUUGCUGGAUUAUAUGAGGACCCAUCUGCUGUAGCCAAGGGUUGGAAAGACAAUCCAGUAGAAUUUGACUCUGUUUUCAGUGAAAGUCGGAACACAUGGUCCUGGGGAAGUCCUGACAUACUUCCCAUGUUUGUCAAAGGUGCAAGUGGAAACCAUGUUUAUAUAGACAUGUAUGGCUCUGAAGUUGAAGAUUACUCUGGAAGAAGAUCCACAACAAGGCUUGAUACAUGGGUGUUCAGGAAGGUUGAGGAAUUUCUGAACCAUGCCAAGACAGAUGCUGUUCUUAAUUAAAAGCUUAAUCAAGAUAAAAUUGUAUUUUUCCUACAUCUUCUUGGACUUGAUACAGCUUUUCAUACACAUAAACCAUAUUCAGUAGAAUACAAGGAGAACAUAAGAGUUGUUAAUGCAGGAAUCAAGAGAAUUGAGGAAAUGAUCGAAGAGUUUUAUCAACAUGACAAGAAGACAGCUUACGUAUUCACAUCUGAUCAUGGCAUGACAGACUGGGGUUCCCAUGGAUCAGGUGCUAAGAGUGAGACAGAGACACCCUUGGUUGCCUGGGGUGCAGGUGUGAGAGGACCCUGACUGACUACAAGCACUGAACCUUCCAGUCCAGCUUCCUGGAGACUGGGACAUUUGUCUCGCAGUGAUGUCAGUCAGGCAGAUGUUGCACAAAUAAUGGCAAGCCUGAUCGAAGUCCCUGUGCCAGUCAAUUCUGUGGUGUGUCUUGGUCUCUUAAUUGACAAAAUGUUUUAAUGGCUCUUAUAUUUUUUUUCAGUUCAUGGGUUACUUAAUAAUGCUCUCAGUAUUGAGAUUAUAUAGUGUCAGAUCAUAGGACGAUAGAUGAAUGAUAAACUGGAAAAGAUUUGGAAGGAAGGAAUAUAGCCUAAUCGAGGGUACUAUCCAAGAAUUUGCUUGGCGGGAAUGAAGAAAAUCACAAAAAGCCUUAGUUGGGGCGGCUGGUAUACCAGCCAGAUUAAGAGUGAUCACCUUCCGAAUACAAGUCUAGAACAUUAUCAUGAGACCAGCCUGUUUGGUAGCAAAUGUGUAUUAAUGCUUUCCCUAUCAAUGAACUGAUCAUAUUUCUUCUUGGCCUAUUUUGGUUUGUGUGUAGAGGUCAGAUUUCUAUUGCAUGUAAUUUAUAUAGAGAUAUUCUAGAACCAUACAAAAUAAUUGAUUUUCAACAUUUUCUGCUUCUUACUUCGGAUGAAAGUCUGUCUUUGGUUAUUCAGUUUUAAUGAAACCAGCUGUGAUAUAUGAAUGUGAGCUACAUGCAUGACUGAAAAGGACCAACUUAUGUUGACUGAAUUGUCAUACUGUAGGUUUUUUCUUUAUAUGAACAGAUCAGAUGUCUUGACAUAAAAAUGCUUUGUUCAUUCAUAUACUGUUAAAGUCACGGUUGGCUUUGAAAUAAUUAUUUUUGGAUAUAAAGCUGUAUAUGCCUUAGAGGCAGAGUGGGCAUUCUGACUGAAGAGGAAAGACCCUGUUCCUGCCAGGUAUUGAAGCCAGGAAAUUUCGUUGUAUCUGUGAAAUGGUCCUCUUGUAGGGAACUUCCACGAGACUACCUGGAAGUCACAGAACAUCACCCGUCUGAAUUAAUGUUUUCCAAUGCUCAUCAGAAGGUUGCACGGUACAAGAAACGAGAGCUGACUGAGGCUGGAAGUUUAUCAUGGAUAUAUAAAGAAUUCUCAGUUCUGAACCAAAGCAAAGAGACCAAACUUACUGAUCAAAUCUGUUCUCACAUUAGAGCUAAAAGAUACACUGAAUCCAUAAGUACGUUUUUGUCAUUUUUAUGUGUCUAGAAAUACAAAACAUUUCU